AUUUGAAUUGUUGAUCAGUCGUAUCGUGUGUACACGAGCUAGGCGGUUUCGCAUUGGUUCCGUGUGGGUGUUUAUUUUUCAUCAAGUGCGUUUUGUAGUCAUAUCGCCGCACCUUUAGUCCAUCCAAAAGAUAUUUCCAAUAAGACUCUGUGGUGUUAUUGAAGUUGGGGAUGCGAGACACAACGAUACAACAAUCAGUACAAAAUACUAUAGACGGGCUACAAUCACCUUGGAGUGUAUUAAAAAUAAUAAUGUUAACCAAAUUAAAUGAAGGAAAAAUGCAGUUGUUAAAAAUACAUACCUAAUCGAUUUAAAUUAUUAAUCUAAGUAUAAAAUUAAAACGCAAAGAUAAUAUUUAUUUUUGAUAUCCAUAAUCAAUUUCAGCAUGAGAAAUCAGUAUGGAUUAUUUCAAUGAAACUUGGUCACCGAACGAAGAAGCUGCUCUGAAAUGCAGGUCUUGGUACGAAUGGGAUGAUCGUUGGAUAAACGGGUGUAAUGCAUCAUCAGAUUCACUGAUAUGUUGGCCUCCUACACCGGCUGGUGUAAUCGUAUAUCAGCCAUGUUUUCAAGAGCUCAGAGGAAUUUUAUAUGAUACAACUAAAAAUGCAAGUCGGAUAUGCUACGAGAACAAUACUUGGGGCCUAACCGAUUUUAACGACUGCACGAUUCUUGGUGAACCAAAAGCAGUGACAUACGAUGAAGAAGGCACUGUUGAUACAAUCAUUUAUUUGUAUAUAGCUGGUCAUUGUUUGUCAUUGAUAAUGACAUCACUGGCCAUUUUUGUAUUCUGCCGAUUUAAAGAACUUAAAUGUUUGCGUAACAAAAUCCACUCGAAUUUGAUGGCAUCGUACUUAUUAGCAGGCAUCAUGUGGAUACUUAACUACACUAAUUUGACCGACACGGGGACAUUUAAAUGUGCUUUGUUGGUGUUACCACUUUACUAUUUCACCAUGACAAAUUAUUUUUGGGCGUUUAUCGAAGGGAUGUAUUUAUUUAUAUUGGUCGUAGAUACAUUUUUUACAGACAGAGUGCGAUUGCGAACAUAUAUGGCUAUCGGAUGGGGAAUACCGUUAAUCAUUAUUCCCACUUGGUGCGUCACAAGACUUUUGGUGCCGACUAAAAACGACUUAGAUUUGUACAACCAGAUCACAUACGAAAGAUACUGUCCCUUAAUGGCCUCAUACGUAGACGAUUGGAUAUACCAGUCACCGAUAGUUAUCGUUUUGCUGAUCAACUCCAUAUUCCUUGUAAAAAUUAUGCGGGUGCUGAUAACAAAGAUAAGGUCUACCAAAUCCGCAGAAACGCACAACUACAAAAAAGCCACCAAAGCUCUUUUAGUGUUGAUACCACUACUGGGCAUUACUUUUUGUUUGGAUAUGAUCAAUCCGAGUUCCACGGGACUACUGGUUAAUAUUUACAAAUUCAGCAAAGUUGUAAUUAUCAGUACGCAAGGGUUCACCGUCUCGUUACUGUAUUGUUUUUUUAACAAUGAAGUUCAAAACACAUUGAAAUACCACAUUACUAGAUGGCAGACAAAGCGGAAAUUCCUUGCUUCGAGAAAAAAAUAUGGCCGGUCCUGGUUGUCGGUAAAACAAAACAAUAUAAUAUGUGAUCAUCAGCUGGACCCAAAAGAACUUAUGCCAUGGAUACCAGCAAACAACGUUAGAUCGUCUUCUUGCGUCAGCAACGGAACGACUACCUCUGCGUUGUCAAACAUGAGACUGCCCCCGGACACGACUAUAGAAAUACCACCAGAACAACAACCACUUGAGGAUUCAAAAUAUGUCGGAGCCAAACCGUGAACCAUAAUAAUAUUAUAGUCGUUAUAUAGGGUUUAAUUAUAUAACAUAAUAAACGCAUAGAAUACAUCAAUAUUAUACGUAUAAUAUUCACAACAUAAUAUGAUAUGUGAUUAUAAUACGUAAAAUAUAUUGUUGUAGUGAGCUUUUAUUAUUAUUAUUAUUAUUAUUAUUAUUAUUAUUAUUAUUGCUAUAUAGUGAAAUAUAAUAUAUAUCAAUAAUGUAUUUUUUUUUUACCCGCCAGAAAAAUUAUAAUAUUCAACACGGUAUUUUAUUCGAUAUUUUUUGAUUUUGACUGCUAUUUUGUUUCAAUAAAAUGUCGAUAUCCUAUUUCUGUGAAACGUAAAAUACUAAUUUUAUUACUAUCAUGUUAAUACUGUGUUUUUGAAACAUUUUUAUUAUUUUUGUAACGAUAAUAAUUUAUUAAUACACCAUGCAUUUCCAUAUGGUCCUCUGUUCUUGAUAAGUACUUACGUACAUAUUUUCAUAGUAAUUUUUAAUUAAUUAAAAAAUUCUAUAGUUGCAUAAUCAUUUUUGUAUAAAAACAUAUAUCGCGUUAACUUAUCAAUGGAAUGUACGAGUAUAUACGAGUAUAACAAUAUUUAUUGAAAACGCCUAUAUAAUGUUAUAUUUUUUUGUACUUUAAGUACCUAAUAUUUAAUAAGUAAUAACGCUCACAACUGUCGAUGACGAUGUGUGCCAAUGGUCUUAUGUAAGAGUGUCCACCAACAACAAUAAAAACUGUACCUAAUGUAACAUAUUGAAUCAUCUUAACACUAUAUAGUAUUAUGUAUUUGUAUUUCAUUAUACAUUUAUAUUAUUAUUUAUUUUGUGACAAAGUAACGGAAUGCAGCGAUAAAUGUAUUGAUGUAUUGAUUUUACAAUUGUGUAUGCUUUGUUUUUUGUCUGUAUACACAUAAUAUAAUAUAUAGUAGAAACAUUUUUCGAUCAUCAACUUGCAUGAUGAAUUCUGAUAGAAAUUUGGAUCUUGUUGGCAUUUUAUUAUUAUUUAAAUGUAUUCAAUCUGUUUGCAAAAUAAAAACAAGAAGUAAUAAGGAUUACAUAGACAAGUAUAUACAAACAUGAAUCAUGUGAAGAGGAGGCCAUUCAUUAUCAGAACCUCAGAAAAUUUUUUUUUUCUAUAUUAAGAGGUCUCUAGACCAGUUUAUUUUUAAUUUUGAGCAAUUCAAAUUGAAAACUCCCAGUGUUUUUCUAAACAAUCAA